AUUUGGCAUGGUGUGCUCCUAUGUGCGGUGAUAUUAUUGCUUGCCAGUAGGCUUAGCUCUUCAGCGAGUCUCGGUAUUGGAAAUGCAUCAAAUCGACACCAAUUAUAUCUACCAGAAAUACCAAAGCCUACUAUGUGCAAGGAGGAAGAGAAGGCAAAUUGCGAACUUCAGGGAAAAGUGUGUGAUGACAAGGACGGUAAAGCAAAGUGCGUAGAAAAACGAAAGCCUACUAUGUGCACGGAGGAAGAAAAGGCAAAUUGCGAACAUCAGGGAAAAGUGUGCGAUGACAAGGACGGUGAAGCAAAGUGCGUAGAAAAACGAAAGCCUACUAUGUGCACGGAGGAAGAAAAGGCAAAUUGCGAACAUCAGGGAAAAGUGUGCGAUGACAAGGACGGUGAAGCGAAGUGCGUAGAAAAACCAAAGCCUACUACGUGCACGGAGGAAGAAAAGGCAAAUUGCGAACGUCAGGGAAAAGUGUGCGAUGACAAGGACGGUGAAGCGAAGUGCGUAGAAAAACCAAAGCCUACUAUGUGCACGGAGGAAGAAAAGGCAUAUUGCGAACAUUCAGGAAAAGUGUGUGAUGACGAGGACAGUGAAGCAAAGUGCGUAGAAAAACCAAAGCCUACUAUGUGCACGGAGGAAGAAAAGGCAUAUUGCGAACAUCAGGGAAAAGUGUGCGAUGACAAGGACGGUGAAGCAAAGUGCGUAGAAAAACCAAAGCCUACUACGUGCACGGAGGAAGAAAAGGCAAUUUGCGAACGUCAGGGAAAAGUGUGCGAUGACAAGGACGGUGAAGCAAAGUGCGUAGAAAAACCAAAGCCUACUAUGUGCACGGAGGAAGAAAAGGCAUAUUGCGAACAUCAGGGAAAAGUGUGCGAUGACAAGGACGGUGAAGCAAAGUGCGUAGAAAAUCCAAAGCCUGCUAUGUGCAGGGAGGAAGAAAAGGCAUAUUGCGAACGUCAGGGAAAAGUUUGUGAUGACAAGGACGGUGAAGUAAAGUGCGUAGCACGAUCAAAACCACAGCCAUGCCGCUAUAGAGGACAGAGCGUGUGCCGACAAUAUGGCAAGAUAUGCGUCUCCUAUGACGGCGGGGAAGUUUGCGUAGAUCCGGCACCACUAACUGCUGCCCCGGAGAACAAGAGGAACAAGGACGGCUGCGUGUGUAAUUGCAAGUGCCAGCCCUGUGCAGUAGACGAAAAUGGCUCUAGUCAGGUGGCUGUCAGAAAUUCCUCUCAAAAGGAGCGAGGCCUGGCGGCGGAAACAGCUGCCAUCUACGAGAAGUUAGGUGCUUUGAUGCCAUUGACAGAAAGGGUGGACUCCCUUCUGCAACUGAAAGGGAUGGUCACAGCUCUGCAAGUGUCGCUUCAGCACAUCUCUGACAAGCAUGACAAGGUUCUUAACCGUCUCUCUAGCAUCGAUAAUGAAGUUGCCAGCAUGAAGUUACGCAUUUCGCGCGUGGAAAUGUCCGGAAUCAAUCGCAAAAUUUCUGAACUCCAAAAGCAAUUAGCCAAUUAUAACGAAUACCUGAACAAACAAACCUUCAUAGGACACUAAAGAAAGCACGACGAGCAACGUGAGUAGGUGUACUGUCGAACGAGCGAAUCUGUGCAGUGUCCCGUAUCGGACACACGGUAACCAGUGCAAGUGUAGUCGACAAGAAAAAUCAUAUCCAAUAACUUUAUUUGCUACUAAAGCUUCUGUCUAUUAAGGACCCAGAGAUGCACGUCUUUUAUUUUGUGACUAUUGUACUUCAUGUUUUGCUUAAAUGGGCAAAAUAAAGCAUGUUUUUUU